AGGAAGUGGAACAGAUGUGAAGAAGGACCCUAAUAGUAAAGUAGGGAGCAGUCGAAUAGACUGGCGAAUUGUUUGAAUUUAGUUGAUUUCUUCGCACAAUGAAUAGUGUCCAUUUACUAAAGUAGUAGGCUAAGUGAUUUAUACCCGUAGUCGGUUUGGGUCGCUUGUCAGUUUCAGUCUGGCUGAACUGGCUCGAGAUGGCAGACGAGGCUCUCUUUCAGUUCCUGCACAGUGAAAUUAUUCAAUAUGUCAACAGUGCAGAAACUGGGGAAUCGGAGAAUGGACGAUGUGUUUCUAAACUUGAGAACAUGGGGUUUCGUGUGGGACAAGGACUUAUUGAGAGGUUUACCAAAGACACGCCACGUUUUAAAGAUGAACUUGAUGUUAUGAAGUUUAUCUGCAAAGAUUUCUGGACCAGUGUUUUUAAGAAGCAAAUUGACAACCUGAGAACAAACCACCAGGGUAUUUAUGUGCUACAAGAUAACAAGUUUCGCCUGCUGACCCAACUGUCUGCUGGAAAACAGUAUAUGGAACAUGCACCGAAGUUCUUAGCCUUCACCUGUGGACUGGUCCGAGGAGCACUUUCAAACCUUGGUGUGAAAAGUAUUGUCACAGCAGAAGUAUCAGUCAUGCCUGCUUGCAAAUUCCAGGUGAUGAUCCAGAAGAUGUAAUUCACUACACAGAAGCGUAUUGCUUAUAACAUGUGCAUCUUAAUUUUAUUGCCUUGUCAUUUUUAUAUUCCCUUGCCUUAUUGUACUGUAUUGUUUUAGUAUUUUGACAUUCAUGAUUCUCUGUCCACAUUCACUGUGUUUUGAUUUGCACUGAUAACAUUAAAGCUGGAAACCUA